CUGAUAUCCCAGCAUUCCCAUCGUGCCGAGUCCAACAUGGCGGCCCCCAUGUUGCGGCGCUUUCCCCGGGGCCGGCGGUUUGGGACCCCGGGCGUGUCGGGAGUCUUGCUCCUGGGACAGCGUGAGGCCCGUUCGGGCGCUCAGGGGUUGCUGGCGGUGCAGAAGGCCCGGGGUCUGUUCAAGGAGUUCUUCCCCGAGAAGGGGACGAAGGUAGAGCUGCCCGAGCUCUUGGACCGCGGCUCGGGCAGCUUUCCCCAGACCGUCUACUGCGGCUUCGACCCCACAGCCGACUCGCUUCACGUGGGGCACCUGCUGACGCUGCUGGGCCUGUUUCACUUCCAGCGAGCGGGCCACAACGUGAUCGCCCUGGUCGGGGGGGCCACCGCGCGCCUCGGAGACCCCAGCGGCCGCCCCAAGGAGCGCGAGGCGCUGGCGCCGGAGCAGGUGCGGGGGAACGCGCGCGCCCUCCGCCGAGGCCUCGAGGCCGUGGCGGCUAAUCACCAGCGGCUCUUCGCCAACGGGCGGCCCUGGGGAAGCUUCACGGUCCUGGACAACGCGGCCUGGUACCAGGGGCAGCACCUGGUGGACUUCCUAGCGGCCGUGGGCGGCCACUUCCGCAUGGGCACGCUCCUGAGCCGCGCGAGCGUGCAAGCCCGGCUGCAGAGCGCCGGCGGGAUGAGCUUGGCCGAGUUUUUAUACCAGGUGCUCCAGGCUUACGACUUCUACUAUCUGUUCCAGCAUUACGGAUGCCGGGUCCAGCUGGGUGGGUCCGACCAGCUGGGCAACAUCACGUCCGGAUACGAGUUUAUCCACAAGUUGACUGGAGAGGAUGUAUUUGGAAUCACUGUGCCUCUAGUUACAAGUACAACCGGAGCAAAACUGGGAAAGUCCGCUGGUAAUGCUGUUUGGCUAAACAGAGAGAAGACCUCUCCAUUUGAAUUGUAUCAGUUCUUUGUCAGGCAGCAGGACAAUUUGGUAGAAAGGUACCUGAAGCUCUUCACUUUUCUGCCCCUUCCAGAGAUUGACCACAUAAUGCAGCUACACGACAAAGAGCCAGAAAAGCGGGGUCCUCAGAAACGACUUGCUGCCGAAGUUACAAAGCUUGUUCAUGGACAAGAAGGGCUGGAUUCUGCUAAAAGGUGUACACAAGCGCUCUAUCACAGUAGCAUAGAUGCACUGGAGGUCAUGUCGGAUCAAGAGUUAAAAGAGUUGUUUAAAGAAGCAUCAUUUUCUGAAUUAGUUCUUGACCCAGGAACAAGUGUCCUAGAUAUAUGCCGCAAAGCAAAUGCCAUUCCAGACGGCCCCCGGGGGUAUCGGAUGAUAACAGAAGGUGGAGUCAGCAUAAAUCACAGACAAGUAACAAAUCCUGAGAGUGUUUUGGUUGUUGGACAACAUAUUCUUAAGAACGGACUUUCAUUACUUAAAAUAGGAAAAAGGAAUUUCUACAUUAUAAAAUGGCUUCAGCUAUGACGACAAACCACCUCUGGUGGUUCCGACGGACUUGUCCAUCACAUUCUCAAGAUGUACCAGAGGUUGGCUCCAGAACUUCUACUUCACUCUGCAAGUCAAACCACAGAGAACGGAGUAGGCCCUAGGCCUCCGAGCGUGAGUAAUUCCAUUAUUUCCACAGGGUGGUUAAGACCAAGGGCUUGUGUACUGAGGGGGUUGAUCUCCUGAGCCGCAGGCGUAACGACUACCAAGAAAACCGUGAUUGCGAAGGAUCAUCUCUCUUUUAAAAAUUGUUUCGUGAAAGAGCGGUCCUAUGCUUCUCAGUCCUUGUAGAGGUGAGGAAGAACACCGAAGAGGGCAGCAAAGGGCUCCUUCCUCUGGGAGGAGGGGUCGCUCCCUGAUCGCUCCCUGAUCGCACUCACCAACCCCAGCAGCGCCCUCUCGUGUCCACAUGGGAAAAGCGAAAAAUACUGGAAACGUAAAUUUCUGGAUUUUUUGUGGUUUAUGAAGCAAACAGUUCUCCUUAGGAAGAAAAGUAUUACAUACAUUAAGGCAUAGUUGGCAGUAGAAGUUAUAGAAAGUUUCCUUUCAAAGAAUAAAACUCAGUACUUUUCAUACAAUUUCUAACCCAGUUUUCCAGUCCCUUGCCUGUGUCUCGGUAUAAUUAAAUUUACUCACAGCCUUGCUGUGCCAGAUUACUAAGGUAGCAGUAUUUUAUAAAUCUGGAAACUUACAUUAGUUUAAUAUUAUUAGUAAUAUUUAACAGUAACUAAGUUUCAACUCCUGUCCCCAAGCAGAUUGCAACUUGAGAUAAACUGAAAAGUAACUAGAGAGAAAAUAGAAGCAAACAUUAUACCAAAUAUCUAAUCAUAUGAGAAUAUCUAAAGGUUUUGUUAAGCUAAGGGUAGUUUUCAGGAUUUAGAAUCAAGACCUAAUUAAGCACUAUAGACGUUGGGCAAGUUCCAGUUCUCAGAACUGUUUCCACAUCUGAAAAAUCAAGGUGAGGACCAAGUGAAACACAAAUACAGAAUGGUUCAUGAUCCAAUUCCUUCUAGAAAACCUUAUAGGCAGCAAAGCAUGGCGUUAGUGUUCAGAUCCUAGGCAUUUACCACCUGGAUUAUGUGAAACUGGAUCGCCAUUCUUAUGUGUAAACUGGAGAUGGACUAAUAAAUACCUCUGUGAAUUGUGAGAAUAGGAAAAAAUUUGUAAAACCAUUAUAUAGUAGAAGCUAUACUAUGUUCCAAUGAGGUGUGUAUGUUAAAAAACUAUAGUUUAUCUAAACCUUUCUCUGGGAGCAAAGUUAGGAAGAAUUCAUUUAUUGACAAAACUUUGUCAUUUCAUACCAGCAAUUUUAUUUACAUAGCAAGAACAUACAGCAGUCCACUCUAAACGUCAGAGAUCAUCUCAACAUAGAGCUUCCCUCAGUUUGAGAGCCAGUAAAGGAAGGUUCUCUAACUUCCCAUACCUUUCUUGCCUCUGCUUUUCUUGUACAAGGUGUGUAGUGCCAGCAAGUACAUUACCGUAGCUUAUUUUUAAAAGUAACCUUUUCAAUUUGAAAUAGGUUGGAUAUGGUGGAGAAUGGUGGUUUUUUCCCCGUUACAGAUUCAGAAGGCUGAGAUGGUAGUCCUCUGACAGCAUCUGAAGUAAAUCAUGGAUGGCUGUACUGACGGAUGAUGGCAAAGUGACUCUAAAGUGUGUGCUAACAAACAUCUGGGUAGUGUGCAUUCUAUCCAGAUGGUACUAUUAACAGAUUUAGAACAGUACCGUAUGAUGUAAGAUUGAAUCUGUUUUCUUAUGUUUGAGAUCAGUUGCUGAGCCUGUUUCUUGCUAGUCAAUGGGUGCCGGAAGCUCAAGUCAACAGACACAUUGUCCCUGCCAGGAGUCCUUCAUCAAUGUCAUAACUUAAGAGAAAUGUUAACAUGUUGAGUAAAUUAUGUAUCGCAAAUAUAGUAUCUGUGUAAGAGAUGGAGCUAGAUGCCUUAAAGAUUUUGACCUGUAUCUUAAAAUUUAUAAUGUAAUUCCUAUCAAGGAUCAUCUGGGGAAUCUUAAUAAAAUGUGAAUAUGUUCUAAACUUCACCCCCAACCUCUGAAUACAUUUUAGUAGUGUAAGCCUUCAGGUGUGUAGCUGUGUCCAGGUGUUUUUCUUUAGUUAAUAAAGUUCCACCAGUAUUUUCAUACCUCUAUUCUAAUGUGUCUUAUUGGUGUGAAGCAAAAGUAACUACUACCAAUAAUAGAGAAGAUAUACUUCAAUGAUCAGCACAGGAUUUGGUUUCACCUCCAAGUGAAUCUUGGAACAUGAUGUAAAUGACCUAAUUUAAAGAUGUAUCUGAAUUACUUGAUAUUUGAAAAUCAAGUCUAGAUGGUUGUUUUUAAUGCAGGAAACUAUAAUUCAUGCUUCCGGGUUUAAGAAAGGAUCAAAGAUAUUUUAACGCACGAGGGCAAUGUGGACCCAGAAAUGGAAGGGCUAUACAGCUACAUGUUAUGCACACCGCCUCACCGUCAAUGUCAGAUCUGGUGCCUUCAACUUGCCUACUAACACAUCAAAGGCGUUGCAGAGAAGCUCAAUAAACUAUAACUCGAAGGACAGGUGGAGUACAGUGACUGUGAGUAACUUGUCAACUCACAUCUUUCAAAGCCAGACCGGUUUAUAUUGUGCAUGCAUUACAGUUGUAUGAAACAUGGUCUCGGUGCGUUCUUCUCCAAGGACUAUGGCAGCAGCUGUAAGACUACUAACAGAUUACACAGGUCAUCUUGUCCACAGGCAAACUGCUUGUACAACUAGAACAUUAACAGUUCUUUUUAAGUUCAAAUGAAACUGUCACAAGAAAGACUUGAUGUAUUUUAUAUGUACUGGGCAACUUUAGAAACAGCCAUUUAUUAUUUGGAUAAAUGUAUGAUUUGUUCUGCAAUACAGAGUGAAAUUAUCAGUUUAUAGCCAGUCUCUUCACAUGAGCAGAUUCAUACCAUUGCAAUACACAGUUCAUAAAUAAAAUUCUACUCAAGUAGGCAGUAACUAGCAAAUUUUGAGUCAACAAAGUCUCAGUACUAUAUAAUUCUCUUCACCAAAGAUGAGUCUCUCGGAUUUCCGCAAUUAUUUGGCUGGCUCCUUGUAAUGCCUGUAUUAAAAAAGAAAAAAAUUAUAGAUGCUUAUUCAGUUAUAAUAUCAAAGAAUCUGAACUUGGUAUGGGGUAGAUUUAUACUAAUCCCUUUCUUCUCUGGAAUUUGAAUCUAAAAAUCUAAUCAAGUACCAACCCCCGGAAAAAGAUCAGCCAUCAUAUGAAGACUACAGACCUCCCAAGGAUCAGAAUGCAUUUUUAACAGUGUAAUGUUUACAUCUACCACCCAAGUGUGACGAUUCAAAACCCUUUACAGUACCUUUAGCAUGUCAGCUGCUUCCUUCCUGCGCUGUGCCAUGUCCUCAGAUUCAGUCAGAAGAUCAUCCAAUAAGGAUGACUUAUACAGCUGUCCUACUAACUCACUCUGAAGAGUAUCUUUCACAUGAUUAACCAAAAAAUGCAUUACUGCCUUUGGCACACUGCAAAACAAAACACAACAGAUGAUCCAUUAAUUUAGAAUAAAAGCCUAAGUUUUAAAACACGUAUUUUCAAAACAGAUAAUGGAAUCAUCAAGCAAUAUUAAUCUGAUUUCAUACUAUAGUACUAACCUGUCCUGAAUGUUCUUUCUGACGAUAAGAAAAUACGAUUUGAUGAGUCGUUCAAUGACCUCACAAUCUCGCUGUUCACGGGCAGAUAGUUUUCGUGCAACGGGCACUGGCUAAACAGAGUGAGGGGAAGAAAAAAUUUUUACUUUUGUGCCAUUUUGAAUCAGCAACAUUUAAAAGUUCCAGAAGUUUUUGUGACUUUCAGUUCCUUUUGUCUUUUGAAGUGUUUUCCUAGCAAUCUGGUUAUCUUAGCAGUGUUCACCCAUUUGCAUGGCUUACCACAUCCAGCAGAUUUACAGCGUGGCCUUUUUGUGGACUCGCUGGCAUAAUUGGAAUUGGUUUUGAUUUUUCCUCAGCUAGUAACUCUUCAGCUUUGGAAGUUUUCAGCAUUCCUCUCCAGUUGCCUGUUGUUGGUUCUUGACCACCAUCUCCAACCCCACCACCACCAGCCGCGACCUGAAAAAAACACAUUCCAAAACCUAUUCCCGCUGUAUCAUAUCUGACAUUACCUAAAGUUCAUUUUCUUUGACAGCAGUCAAGGAGAACACACAUCCAGUACCCAUCUGGAAUUUCCUCUAUUCAGACAGAUAACAGAGUCAGAAAAAGAUGGUAGGUGGCAUCUAUAACUGGAACCCUGAGCUAUCAUAAACAAGAGGUUUUGUUGUCAUUUCUUUGCAAGCCUCAGCCAACAGAUUUAAUUUUUCUUUAUCGUUUGCUAACUUUAAUAUUCUUCCUCUUCUCCAACCCCUCUAACAGCAGAUUGUGGGAAAAGCAUAAACUGCCCUUAAAAACAAGAGUACUUAUUAAAAGCACAAGGAAAAACAGCUGCCAUUUAGCCUAAUUUUUUCAAAGUAAUCUCACACAUUAUUGAACUAUGUAUGAUCUCUCCAGAGUUUUCUAAGUUGGCUUACAUCUUUACUGGUCAACAAAAUACCAUAGAAUAAAACUAAUAAAACAAGAAUACACUCACAAUUCUUAGGCUGGCAGUGACUUUGAAGCUGCCUAAAAUGUGGAAAGAAAUCUAGUAAUCACAAGUACUUUUGCAGCUUCUUUUCUAGGAUAGCUGUUAGUUUAUACAAGAAAGAAUGUUUAGGAUAAUGGAAAAAACAGUAACUCAUCAACAUUUAAGAAUAGUUUUAGAUGCUCCUUAAAAAGAUAUUACAGAGUGUUAUGGCAAUUGUUAAAAAAAAAAAUCAGCUUUCAAAACAAAAAGAACCUGGGGGUCAAUUAUAGGGUGAUGAAUGGUUAACUAGCCUUUUGGGGGUAAUAUCACUGUUUAAUUUUUCCAAAAGUCAGUUUGGGGUAUCAUUCUGAAUCAAAAUACUGGCCCAGAUUGCCUCAAAUAUGCUAGUUAAGAUAUGCCAUAGCUCAAUACAGGCAGUAUAUUUAUACACUAAUGUUAAAAUGAGUAACUGUAUCUUUAAACACCAGUGAAUGAUUAAUGCUAGGAGUGAAAUAAAACUUAAAGCAAUAAAUCCUCAGCACAGUGGGCUGAGAGAAGGUAAGACCUUUAUAAACUUUUGAGGUUCAGAACCUUACAUCUGGACAAUUAAGUGAGGAAAGGAGCCAAAGACAGAAAAACCAGAAAUAAGGAUGGGUCUGAAUGAGUCAUUGAUGAUUUCAUUUUCCCCAAAAAAAGAUGAUCAAAAAUUGACAGUCUCAAGCGCUCGCAGUCCCUGUUUUGAAUUUGCUUAAGCUGCCAAGGCACAUGUUAAGCUACGUGUUUAGGGUGACAAGGCAAACCGCAUGGAAGCACAAGAAAGCAGGAGAGGGUUAUCCAUUAGUACUGGACAGAGCUCAGAGCCUUUAAAGAGGAAAUGUUCAAAAGUAUUAACUUUCAUCUCUGGAAUCUCAAUUCCCUACCACAAUAUUAAAAUCAAAACUAGGAGAAAGCCUGUAGUUGUUAUUUAAGGAAAUGUUAAAACUAGAACUAAUGCCAUCUUAGAAGGGUUAGUUAGGUAAGAGAAACAAAAAAUGGAACACAGACAAGGAGCAGAUGCUAUGGUACAAACAGCUUCUCCAAUGGUUUUGAAGACAGUGUUUCAAUGAGAACCAAAGGUACAUUUCCAUUCUGAAGCAAGAGACUCACAUUUUUAGUUUCUCUUCUGCUGUCCUGAAUUAACUGUUAAAAGAUAUGUUAAAACAUGCAGUUUAACAAGCAAAAUUUAAAUACCAAUAGCCUGAAUUUCAAAAGUGCAGGAUAAUUUCCUCUUUAAAUUAUUUUUGUGUGCAUCUUUAUUACAAGCAAAGGCAUGUCAACAAUAAUUUAUAAAGUAUACGCUGUUAUAUAAUUUAAGAUUCCUAUUAGAAUGAAAUGAUUUAACCUUAGCACAAUAUCCCACAUUAAUGUUCUGCUAUUACUGUACAGUGUGGUGUCUCCAGAUGAUUAUGUUGCACCAAACAACUAGGCAUGCAGGCUUAGAUUAAGAAUCAGAACA